GCCACCCCCGGGACGCCAGGGCUCCGAGCCCCCCUUCUCCCGAUCUCCACUCGGGGUUGGGCGCGGAGCUUGCCUCCCCAGCACCGCGGGCGGCUGAGAAGCUCCGGACGGCGCCGAGGGCGGUGUGCGGGCCAUGGAACGCGCCAUUGAGCCUUGGGACCCAGAUCUCCAGGACCCCGAGGAAAGGGAGCAGCUGGGAGACUCCCGUGCAGGUCUGGAGAGUGACAGUGUGGAGAUUUCUCAGCCAGAUGAGUUCGAGCCCACUCCCCAGGAGGAGGAAGAGGAUCUGGAGUUCAAGGAAGAGGAAGAUCUUGGCCCGGGCCAUGACAUGGUGACCGUCUCUCUCAAACCCGAAGGCAUCCAGACAUGGGAUGAUCUAUGGGUCCAGAGAGAGGGGCUGGGGAAACCGCAGGCCCGGGACCGAGGCCUCCGGAUCCUAGGAGAGCCGCGCUGGGGCCAGGCCAGUGGGGACCGGGCAGCAGUGUGCGGCGAGUGCGGCAAGAGCUUCAGGCAGAUGUCUGACCUGGUGAAGCAUCAGCGCACCCACACUGGGGAAAAGCCCUACAAGUGCGGUGUGUGUGGCAAGGGCUUCGGUGACAGCUCAGCCCGUAUCAAACACCAGCGGACUCACAGUGGGGAGAAGCCCUACCGAGCCCGGCCAGCGGCCCAGGGCCCCCCAAAGAUUGCACGGCCCCGGAUCCCGGCUGGCGAGCGCCCCACCAUCUGUGGCGAAUGUGGCAAGAGCUUCCGGCAGAGUUCGGACCUGGUGAAGCACCAGCGGACACACACAGGGGAGAAGCCCUACAAGUGCGGUGUGUGCGGCAAGGGCUUCGGUGACAGCUCUGCUCGCAUCAAGCACCAGCGUACACACCGCGGGGAGCAGCCACCCCGGCCAGUGGUUCCCCGCCGACCACCAUCUCAGGCAGCCACAGCAGCCGCGGCCGGAUCCAAGGCCCAGGACAAGCCAUAUAUCUGCACCGACUGUGGCAAAAGGUUCGUGCUCAGCUGCAGCCUCCUGAGCCACCAGCGCAGUCACCUAGGGCCCAAGCCCUUUGCCUGUGACGUGUGUGGGAAGGAGUUCGCCCGCGGCUCGGAUCUGGUGAAGCACCUGCGUGUCCACACAGGCGAGAAGCCUUACCUCUGCCCCGAGUGCGGCAAGGGCUUCGCGGACAGCUCAGCCCGGGUCAAGCAUCUGCGCACGCACAGCGGCGAGAGGCCCCACGCAUGCCCGGAGUGUGACCGCACCUUCAGCCUCAGCUCCACCCUGCUCCGCCACCGCCUCACUCACAUGGAACCCCAGGACUUUAGCUUCCCAGGGUACCCCUUGGCCGCCCUGAUUCCCAGCCCCCCGGCCCCGCCCCCUCCACCCCUUGCCACCAGCCCCCCGCUGACGCCCCGAAGCCCAUCCCACUCCGGGGACGGGCCUUUUGGCCUGCCGGGUCUGGAGCCAGAGCCAGGGGAUCCACAGCCCGGUGAGCCACCCCCACCACUGGACUACGACAAGCCCCACAAGUGUCCUGAGUGCGGCAAGGGCUUUCGUCGCACCUCCGACCUAGUCAAACACCACCGCGUGCACACCGGGGAGAAGCCUUACCUCUGCCCCGAGUGCGGCAAGGGCUUCGCCGACAGCUCAGCCCGGGUCAAGCACCUGCGCACUCACCGUGGGGAGCGCGCCCGGCCACUCCCGACGCCGCCCACACUCCUGCGCCUGCACAACCCGCCUGGCCUCCUGGCACCUCCAGCUCCUCGAUCCCGAGUUCGGGCCCAGACCUCGGGCCCCAGCCAGCCACACAUCCACGUGUGCGGCUUCUGCGGCAAGGAGUUCCCCCGGAGCUCAGAUCUGGUGAAACACAGGCGCACACACACGGGUGAGAAGCCUUACAAGUGUGCCGAGUGCGGCAAGGGCUUCGGCGACAGCUCCGCCCGGAUCAAGCACCAACGCGGCCACCUGGUCUUGAGGCCCUUUGGGAUCGCAGAUGUGCGGGCAAGGCCCCUCAAGGAGGAGCCACCCAUAGAACUGGAGUGAUGGGGUCACCAAGGGAGGGAGGCCAGCUGGCCCAAGCAGCAAGGAGGGCCGGGGAGGUGGUGGGAGGGAGAAGACGGGGCAGACUGGGGAGAAAGGAGUGACUUAGAUAGGCGUAGGCAAUGGGCACUGUAAUCUUUACGCUCAGGAACCCGCCCUGGCUGGGCUCAGUCAGGACUCCCAUCCCCCCAAAAUGAGCAGAGCCCCAGCUUCCAGAACAUCGCCUAGCAUACAGUAGGCGUUCAGCAAGCAUCCGUUGACUCAACACCUCGGGAGCCCUAAAUGCCCGCAGCCUCUCGCCUGCAAAGAACUCGCGUUUCCCUGUGUUGUCCUGGGAGACUAACACUCGAAGUAGGCUUCACGGGGUUCGGAGCUGUCACAGUGGAAAUGACAUGACAGGAGGCAGGGGCAGGUGGAGCAUCCCAGCCAGGGAAUUGCUGUGUGGCCGCAGUGCUCGUCCACCCCACCCAGGAUUUGGUUUCAGCCAGGAUGGACACUCUUGGGACAGCUCAGAUGUUUUUGUGUGGCCUCAAGGACCUUCAAGUCCCCCUGACGUCUGGACUGUGACAGACAGGUCACAGCAGGGGCUAGUGUGUCUGGCAUCCAGCAUGGUGCCAAGCGUGGGUCUUAGUGGGCAUGAGCCAGUUCCAGCUGGCUGGGAGAGGUCAGGACUGGGGUGAGGGGCCGUCCUUCCAGCUGGAGAUGCUCUGGGGUCCAAUUGCCAUGUUUUCCUUGUCUCCUUGCCAAUAAACUGCUUCUUGUCUGAA